UGUGUUGUAGGGAUAAUGUGUUGUGUGUGUUGCAGGUUCGUCAAUGUGAUCCCAGCUGUAAAGAGUUUGACCACCAUUGCAGGCGCUCCCCCUAAGAGGCCCCUGAACGGAUACAUGAGAUUUGUGAAACAGCAACAACCUCUCGUUGUCAGGGAGUAUCCAGAUGUCAAAUCUGUCGAUGUGAUAAGGAAGAUUGCACAGCAGUGGAGAACUCUGACAGCAGACCAGAAACAGCCUUUUCAACAGGCGUCAGUGGUUGCCAGGGAACAGUUUAAGGUGGACAUGCAGGGGUACCAGUCGCAGCUCACACCUGCACAGGCUGCUGCUCUGAAACAGGAGAGGAGACUGAGGCUGGCCAAGAGGAAAGCCAUCAGGAGGAAGAGGGAGUUGAACAGUCUUGGCAAACCCAAACGUCCCCGGUCGUCCUUUAACAUCUUCAUGGCAGAACAUUUUGAGGAGUCCAGGGGGACGACCACACAGGGCAAGAUGAAGAUGCUGCGGGAGGACUGGACCAAACUGUCAACCUCACAGAAACAAGUCUACAUGCAGCUGGCGGAGGAUGAUAAAGUGCGCUAUAAGAAUGAGAUGAAGUCCUGGGAGGAACACAUGAUGGAUAUUGGACGGGAGGACCUGAUCAGACGGAAAGAGACCCACAAGAACAAAACCGCUACUAAAGGAGGCAAACAGAAAUCCAAAGUGAAAGUGGUGAAAAGUAAAUCUGCAGGAGCUACGACAGUGAGGAGUGGGAAAAAGGCCUGAGUUGUUCUGUAGAGGAAGGGUGAUAAAGGCAAGUUACCGUCCCAAAUCAAAUACAUUUUGUUUAUAGUCAUAUCAAUGCUCCUAGCGCCUCAAACUGUGAAUGAACCUUCACCAGUCUGGGAAAGAUCAUGAAACAUAACAUUCUCAACUGACAGUUAUCAGAAUGAGAAUUCACUGUAAACUAUCAUAAAGCAGUGUUCUUUCUAGUAUGAAAAGAUUAAUUAUGUUGAGGUUAAGUUCCUGUCACCAGGGCCACGUUCUGUAUAUACUGUCUCUAUACACAGGGUAGUCUAUGCUAGAUAUAGUCUUUGUUAAGAGACGUGUUGACCAGUUACUUUGUUUGUAGACUUAGUUUUCGCUCAUGUUUUGUAUCUCAUUUUUAUUAAAUAAACAUUUACGUACAUAAAAAAAA